GCAGGAAUGGGCGUGACUACAGUUAGCACAUAUUUUAGAAAUGGUUGCAAGGAUUUGGUGAUAAAGUCUUUACCAGACGUAGCUAAAGCUAAACACCUAGCGUGCAAACUCCUGGAGAAAAUGGCCAACGAGUGUGUCAGUCUGUACGGGGCAAACGUCUCGGAUUGGCGGAUUGAAACCGGAUGCACUCUGACCACGCCCCCUUUAACCACGCCCAAGACAGCCACACCCACGCUUAUUAGUAACACCAUAAAAGCUUUGUCUACCGCUAAACCAAGUGUGCCUCAGUCGCCCAGGCUUCCGCCGCCCUGUGACUUUGACAGCGGUGCACAGUUAUGUGGGUGGUCGCAGGACGAGAGAGAAAGCCAGAAAUGGAUUCUUAACUCUGGACCCACGCCGUCAAUACUCACAGGACCCUACGGAGACGCCAGUUCCAACGGAAGUGGUAGGUACAUCUACGCUGCAGCAUCGUGGUUUUUACAUCGAGCCAGGCUGCUUUCUCCGGAAAUCACCAUCCAUCGGCCAUCUUUUUUCUGCCUUAGUUUUCACUACCACAUGUAUAAUUGGAAUCUUCCGGUUUCGCCGAUAGGUGGCUCUGCUGGCGUUAAUGGCAAUGGGGUAUUGAUUGUUGGAAGGUUGUCCAGCGGCAAGUAUACACCACUUGGAGCUGUGAAGGGAAACCGUAACGAAUGGCUUCGGGCUCAGUUCUCGCUCGACUUCCUGUUCAGUCCCAUGACAUUUCGGUUUUAUAUAGAAACAACGACCGGUGUGCUAUACCCCUAUAAUGUAGCUGUGGAUAAUUUGGAGGUCCGAGAAGGAGCCUGCAAGUGGAAAUGA